CGGUCCUCAGGGCGUCCAGACAUGUCCGAGGUGAAGAGUAGGAAGAAGCCGGGGCCUAAGGGAGCCCCUGCAGAGCCCGUGAAACGGGGUGAGGGCAGGAAGAGCCCCGAGGCCCAAGGGGGCGGCUGGGCGGACCCGAGGACCGGCCUGAGCCUGCUGUCGCUGGGGACGUGCCUAGGCCUGGCCUGGUUUGUAUUUCAACAGUCAGAAAAAUUUGCAGAGGUAGAAAACAAAUACCAGUUACUGAAAAUGGAAAGCAAGGAGUUCCAAGGACUUAAAAGUGAAAUCAGUUUAAUUUCAGAAAAGCUUGAGUCUACUGAAAGUAUCCUGCAGGAAGCUACAUCAUCCAUGUCUUUGAUGACCCAGUUUGAACAGGAAGUAUCCGGCCUCCAAAGAUUCAUGCAUGACAUUCAAAACAGUGAAGAGAUGCUCACUCAAAAGAUGCAAAAGCUUAAUGAGAAAUUCCAAAAUAUUACAGAUUUCUGGAAGAGAAGCCUAGCAGAAAUGAAUGAUAAUACAGACAUUUUCAAAUCAGAAGCAAAACAUAUACAUUCUCAAGUUACUGUCCAAAUUAACUCAGCUGAGCAAGAAAUAAAAUUACUCACUGAACGGCUAAAAGAUUUGGAAGAUAGCACACUACGAAAUAUUAGAACAGUAAAAAGACAAGAAGAAGAGGAUCUUCUGAGAGUAGAAGAGCAGCUUAGCUCUGAUACAAAAACAGUUGAGAAGUUAGAAGAGGAACAGCAUGCUCUCCUUGCCAGAGAUGAAGAUCUGACUAAUAAACUUUCCAGCUAUGAACCCAAAGUUGAAGAAUGCAAGACUCAUUUGCCAACAAUUGAAAGUGCUGUUCUCUCUAUUCUCAGAGUCUCUCAGGAUCUGAUAGGAACAGAAAAGAAAAUGGAAGACCUCACUAUGCAGAUGUUUAAUAUGGAAGAUGAUAUGUUGAAAGCUGUAUCUGAAAUAAUGGAGAUGCAGAAAACCCUUGAAGGACUUCAGUAUGAUAAUAGCCUCUUAAAGAUGCAAAAUGAACUGAAUGUUCUGAAAGGAAAAGUUCAUGAUAUUAUAACAUAUUCCAGUACAAGAGAAAAGGGAACUUUAGAAGAAUAUAAGCUAGAAAAUAAAGGAAUCGAUGAUUUUUAAAAAAAAUCACUGCAUGUAUUCUGAUGAAUCAUUCAACAAUGCAUAAAUCAAUUAGUUCCAUGGUUUUUGAGUUAUAGUUAUAGUGUUAUGCCUCACUUUAUUGGAAAAAUUAGAAGUCCACACAAUGGAUUUAUCCACAUAAUCAAAGCUUACCUUUUUAAGGUCUAAACCUCACUUUAACCAUUUUAAAUAUAAUUAAUUCUAAAGUUUAUAUUUAUCUGUCUUUAAGUUUACUCAGUUUUUUAAAUGUUUUCCCAAUAGUUGAUGAACAUCAAUAUGAAUUUCACCUAUUAUAAUGGAUCCAAAUAUUUUGCUAUAUCUGGGUACUAUUGAAGAAUUUUUACAAUUCACUGAAUGACCCAAAUUUGCUAUUUUUCAAACCUGUGUUUUCCUUACAUCUUUUCUAUCACCUGAUCUUGCUCAGGUUGGGUAGUAACAAGUCUGCCUCAGUUAGUUCUUCACUUUCCUAUAUUAAUUCACUGCAGGCUAAGAGUCCAGUCAGUCAAGUCCAUAGGAAUUUUGUAGGGGCUAGGGGUAAAGCUCAGUUGCUAGAGUGGUUGCCUCCCCUGGGUUCAAACCCUAGCACCACAAAAAGGAAAAAGAAAAGGAGGAAUUUUAUCUAAAAUAAAGGAUAAUGUGCCUGAA